UCAACCCCAAGCAGGCCAAAGACAACAAGAGCUUCAACUUUGAUUACUCCUACUGGUCCCACACCUCGCCCGAGGAUGUCAAUUAUGCUUCUCAGAUGCAAGUAUACAAAGACAUCGGAGAGGAAAUGUUGCUGCACGCCUUUGAGGGCUACAACGUCUGCAUCUUUGCUUAUGGUCAGACAGGCGCUGGCAAGUCCUACACCAUGAUGGGGAAACAGGAUGUCAAGGACCAACAAGGAAUCAUUCCCCUGCUGUGUGAAGACCUUUUCACUAAGAUCAAUGACAAUACAGACAACAGCAUGUCUUAUUCUGUGGAGGUAAGCUACAUGGAAAUCUACUGUGAACGUGUGCGGGACUUACUGAACCCCAAAAAUAAAGGGAACCUGCGUGUUCGAGAACAUCCUCUGAUGGGGCCUUAUGUGGAGGACCUGUCUAAGCUGGCUGUCACCUCCUACAAUGACAUCCAGGACCUGAUGGACUCUGGCAACAAGGCCAGGACUGUGGCUGCCACCAACAUGAAUGAGACAAGCAGUCGCUCGCAUGCUGUCUUUAACAUUAUAUUCACUCAGAAACGCCAUGAUGCUGAGACUGAUAACACCUCUGAAAAGGUCAGCAAAAUAAGUUUGGUGGAUUUGGCGGGAAGUGAGAGGGCUGAUUCUACUGGAGCCAAAGGGACCAGGCUUAAGGAAGGAGCAAAUAUCAACAAAUCUCUAACUACACUGGGGAAAGUCAUCUCUGCUUUGGCAGAAGUGGACUCUGGGUCGAAUAAGAAUAAAAAGAAGAAGAAAGUGGAAAGCCACAUCCCCUACAGAGAUUCGGUUCUCACCUGGUUACUGAGAGAAAAUUUGGGGGGGAAUUCUCGUACUGCGAUGGUGGCUGCCCUGAGUCCAGCUGACAUCAACUACGAUGAGACCCUCAGCACACUCAGGUAUGCAGACCGCGCCAAACAGAUUCGCUGUAACGCUGUGAUCAACGAGGACCCCAACAACCGACUGGUUCGCGAGCUGAAGGAGGAGGUGUCUCGUCUGAAAGAUCUCCUCUAUGCCCAGGGCCUGGGUGACAUCAUUGAGACAUAUCGAACAUCUGGUGCUGAUAUAGAGGGUUUGAAAUACCUAUCCGAUUACACGAACAAUAACAAUAAAGGCCAAGCUGUGAAUCAAAAGGAUGAUCUCUCCACAGUGACCAAUGCCAUGACAGGGAUGAGUCCCUCUCCGUCUCUCUCAGCCUUGUCCAGCCGCGCAGGAUCCAUUGCCAGCCUGCAUGACCGCAUCAUGUUCAGCCCAGGCAGCGAAGAGGCCAUCGAGAGACUGAAGGAAACAGAGAAAAUCAUUGCUGAACUCAAUGAGACUUGGGAAGAGAAACUUCGCAGAACAGAAGCUAUUAGAAUGGAAAGAGAGGCCUUGCUGGCAGAAAUGGGUGUAGCAAUGCGAGAAGAUGGUGGGACAGUUGGUGUGUUCUCUCCUAAGAAGACACCUCAUCUGGUGAACCUCAACGAGGAUCCCUUGAUGUCUGAGUGCCUGCUGUACUACAUUAAAGAUGGGAUCACCAGGGUAGGUCGUGUAGACGCCAGCAGUCGUCAGGAUAUAGUCCUCAGUGGCCAUUUCAUUAAGGACGAGCACUGCACCUUUACCAGUUCUACAGGUCCAAUGGGAGAAACGGUUGUCCUAGAGCCUUGUGAAGAGGCUGAGACUUAUGUCAACGGAAAGAGAGUGACUGAGCCCACUAUCCUCAAAUCAGGAAAUCGCAUCAUCCUGGGGAAGAGCCAUGUGUUUCGGUUCAACCACCCAGUGCAGGCCAGGGCUGAGAGGGAGAGGACCCCAUGUGCUGAAACCCCUGCUGAGCCCGUGGACUGGGCUUUCGCCCAGAGGGAGCUGCUGGACAAACAGGGCAUUGACAUGAAACAGGAAAUGGAACAGAGGCUGCAGGAGUUGGAGGACCAGUAUCGCAAAGAAAGAGAGGAGGCCAACAACCUUCUGGAGCAGCAAAGACUGGAUUAUGAGAGCAAGCUGGAGGCUCUUCAGAAGCAAGUGGACCGUUACUACCCAGAAGCCACUGAAGAAGAGGAAGAGCCAGAAGAAGAAGGUAGAAAACAUUCUUUGACACAGAUACAUGUCUACAUAGUGGUGAGCAAAUCCUCACCAAAUAAAUGUGUUUUAUUCUUUUUGCUCACAGUGCAAUGGACAGAGAGGGAAAGAGAGCUGGCUGUGUGGGGCUUUCGUAAGUGGCGGAGCUACCAGUUCACCUCUCUCCGUGACCUGUUAUGGGGAAAUGCCAUCUUCCUUAAGGAGGCCAAUGCUAUCAGUGUGGAACUCAAGAAGAAGGUCCAGUUCCAGUUUGUGCUGCUCACAGACACUCUUUACUCCCCGCUGCCUCCAGACCUGUUGCCCCCAGAGGCAACUAAGGACAGAGAGAUACGACACUUCCCACGCACCAUUGUGGCCGUGGAGGUGCAGGAUCAGAAAAAUGGAGCCACCCACUACUGGACAUUAGAAAAACUAAGGCAGAGGCUCGAUCUCAUGAGAGAGAUGUACGAUCGCGCUGCUGAUGUGCCCAACAAUACCACUGAAGACUGUGAAAAUGUGAUGACCGGAGGGGACCCCUUUUAUGACCGCUUCCCCUGGUUCCGUCUGGUUGGCAGGUAAAUACUGAACACCAUUGGACCUACACAGUAU